AUGAUUAUGUUUAGAUUUUCACGAUUUUUCUCAACUUAUCGGCAGCCAAGACCUCAUAUAGACAUAAACUCUUCUUUAAGCAUACUUAGAGACCCAAAUUCAUACACCACAAAUACAAGCUCUGUUAUUAGAGCAUUGAGCGAUUUAGGAAGAUCUACACAACUGUAUCAAAACAAGAAUAUUGAAUGAUCCAGUAAGCCUGAAAUAGUUAGCGCUUCUAACUCCCUCGUUAGCUUAUAUUUUCAUUAAAGAAUCGGAGUAUUUUAAAAAUAACUGAAUGGGAAAAUCAAAUUUAUUUAUAAAUUUCUACUGUAGGAUUAUUGCUGUUUAAUAGAAUGAGCUAGAUAUUUCAUGAUUGCAUGCCAAACUGUUAUUUUUAAAAAAAAAAAUUUUUUCUGCUAACAAUUUUCCAAAAAUUUCGUCUUAAUGGUUUUAUUUAUUAACAAGCAGGAAUAAGUCAAUUCCAGCAAUUAUUGAUAAUCUAGAUCUAGAGUCAUCCGUAGCUUUAAUCAAAUGCUGUGGACAAUUAGGGAUGGACAAUAAUGAUUUAUGAAAUGCAAUCGAAAGGAAAAUUAUUUUAAAGCAUUAUAAAACCAUAAAAUCCAGCGAAGCUAGUGAAAUCGUUACAGCUCUACAAAAACUGAGAAAAGGAUCCGCAAGAGUCUGAAAUUGCUUGGAAAGCACAAUAAUUACAAAAUUCUGUGAGAAAAACGAAAUUACAGCCAAAGAAGCAACUGAUAUUUUGGUAGCUUAUAGAAAAUCAGAGCAUGGCAGUGAACAGCUUGUACAAUCUUUAGAGCAACAACUUAUAAGAAAUGCAAGCCAAAUCAACUCUUACGAUAUAUGAAAAAUUAUGCUGGUUUAUGGGCAGCUAAACUUAGGCAGUGACGAAUUUUAUGCCAGAUUGGAAACCCAAAUCAAAGCGAUUUGUUCUACUUUUAACACUUUAGGAGCUGUAAUAACCCUUGAUACCUACAUAAGGCAAGCCAAAGGCUCCCAGGAACUCUACCAAUCCCUUGAAAAUGAAAUUUCUCAUAGGCUUAAAGCUGAAUUAAACUUAGAAAAUAUUUCGAGCUUAAUGUACACUUAUGCCAUGAAUUUCACAAAAGAAUCUCAAAAUAUUGAAAAUAGAAAAAAUUUUAUAAAGGAUUUGGAGACUAUUUUAUGUGAAAGAUAUAGCUCAAUUGCCCAUGAAAAGGCAAGAGAAAGGGAUUAUAACAUUGGGAAAUGCGCAUGGGCUAUCUCCAAGCUUGAUAUGCCUACUGAUUUGAGGCUUUGGAAUAUAAUUUUCAAAGAAAUGAAAGAAAAAGGCUGGGAAAGCAAUGAAAAAUUUAUAUUUUUUAUGCGUGAAAUUAAGCCUUAUUUAAAAAGAAAUAGUUUAAUUUAG